UCAACGAAGAUUGCUGGUGUCUCCAAAAAUAGAACACGAACACAAACGGAACCGAGCAAUGCAUCCGAACAAGAGAAGAGAAAUUGAAUGAAGAGUUAAGCGAACCUACGUUUGACACCCCAAAUCAUUUGGGGAGAGGAACGCACCUCUAAAGCUUCGAAAUGAGCGCCUCGUCUUCCCCGUAUCGAUUCUGUAAGAUCCCCUCUGUCAACCUAACGCCUUUCUUUACAAAGAAGGGCGUUGUCAUCGGAGAUGCUCCCACCGAAGAUCAGUUACGGGUAGCCGCUACCAUUAACAGGGUUUGCCAGGAACACGGAUUCGUUCACGUCACGAACUUCGGAAUGUCGAACGAGAUGGGGGAGAAACUGUUUGCCGCAUCGAGAGAACUUUUCGACAAUCCCAAAAAGGGCAACGACUACGAGCCCUGGUCUCCCGCCACGAACACGGGGUUUUCGGCGUUUCGAAACGAAUCCCUGAACAGAAAUCGUCCCCCCGAUCUCAAGGAGGCUUUCAACAUACGAUUGCCCCCCGCGUGGGAAAAUCCAUCUAUUCCAAUGACRCCGCAGUCCUUUCAAGACAUCAUCGAUGAUUACCUCCGGGUAAUGAAAACCGCCACCAUCCGAUACGGGAUGGUAUGUUCAUUGGCCUUGGAUUUGCCAAUGGAUACGUUCACCAAAGUACUGAAUACAUUCGACAUGUGUACUGCCCGUUUUUUGCAUUAUCCACCUUGUCAUUUUGUAGAGGCUAUUGAUCCUUCGGUAGAAAGAGAGGAAGRAGAAAAGAAAACGAAAAUACCAACGGCGUCGGCCAAGGUUCAGUUGGCUAUCCGAGUGGGAGARCACACRGAUUUUGGCACGUAUACCUUCUUGUUGCUCGCAAGCAACCAAGGACCUAUGGGACUCCAAAUCAAACCCGGAGAGAGAGGUGGAGAAAUCGGAGGGUCGGCCGGAGGSGAGGAAGGCGGCUGGAUGGAUGUUGUAAUCGAACAAAACAGUGACGRYGACARCAAUGUCUUUGGAGCUAUCAUCAAUACCGGUGCAAUGUUGGCUCGAAUGACCAACGACUUCUGGAGAGCCACACCUCACCGCGUCAUUGUUCCCACAGCAGAAAUAGCGGCGAAAGAUCGAUACUCGAUUGCCUUCUUUGUGGAUCCGGAUUCCCACGAAAUGAUCAAGGUCGAGGGAAAAUAUAAAGACUAUYCGUCUYCCGAAGAUGGGAAGGCGCCUCUAGUCUAUCGCGAGCCGAUUUCUAGCAAGGACUUCAUUCUUAUGAAACUUAAUGAAUUGGCUCAAGCCGGAAGAAAAGAGUAGGGGGAAUCAGAAAAUACGAGCACGAAGGUCAAGCGUUUGUGC